CACUGCAACACUGCAAGCAACCGGACCGAGUUUGUUUUGUUUUACAGAUUGAUGCGUUUCAUUUUCAAUUUUUUUAUUCAGCGAAGUUAGAAAAAAUCGCUGUUCCAUUAAUAAAAUAUUCGAUUCGUAAGCUAAGCUUUAUUAGAUACGCUAUCGUGGGUUAGUGGAUAACUUGGAAAUGGAUCUUCUGUAUACCACUCAUCGCAAAGGCAACGCCAACACUUUCAGCUUCACGGAUACGCAACAAAACUUCGAGUUCAUCUGCAACACCUCGCCAUGCAAUAUACUUGCCUUCACCACGACCAACGAGCUAACCGAGCCAUCGCCCAUUCAGGGCUGGGGCUUCCACAUCUACGUGGUGGAUUUGAAUGCACCCUGGUUCCCGUACCACGUCACCUCGAACAAGUAUCCCAUCUCGGUUCUUGAGUGGGACGUUCUGGGGCGAUUUCUGCUAGUGGGUGACCGCAAUGGCCACGUGCAGAUAUUUAUCCAGAAGGAUAACUUGCUGUCGGAAUGGAAACCGGCGUACAGUGUAAAGUUUCCCGGUGAGAACAUCAUUGCUGCGGCGUUUUUUCACAAUGGAAGGAAGCUGAACCUGCAGAUGGAUAAGAAGGAUCAGUAUUUGUACCUGGAGAAGUUUCAGAAGGUGAAAUUCGCGGCUAGUGUUAGGCAGUUUGGUGGGGUUCCUGUGGAUGGAGUAUUGGUUGUUUCCGCAACUGGGAUGCUGGGAGCUUUCGUCAUCCCACCGGAGUCUAAUUCAAACAUUCAGAAAUUAGUAGAGCCAAUGAAGUUGGCGCCAAUGACCGAAAGCUUGGCGGUUACUCGUAAUUUCUACACGACCGCUGAUAUUUGCUAUGGCAAAAAUGGCAGUUUCAGAAUAGCAGUUGGUAAUGGGGACUCUAAGUUCACAAAUUCCAGUAUGAUUCAGUGCUUUCGUGUGACAAUUAAAAAGACUGAAGAAUCUCUGGAAAUCAAAAGUACGGUACUCCCAAGCUUCUUCCUGGCGAAAGGCAUGGGUAAAGAUUUGAAAGAUCUUCGCGUGGCCAACGUCAAAUGGGUUUUCAACGAGGAGGCCGAUUCAUUGAUUGUCUCCUCAAACCAUACCGGGGGUGGAUGUUUCGUUGAGCAAUGGGAGUUGAACGAAGAAUCCACUCCGAUUCACAAGCUGUUCCAAAACAAUAAGAAUGAGCCUUUCAAGACGUUGGUAUGGGCCAGCAAGAAUCAUUACAUGUACAAUUCAAAAGUGAUAAAAGUAACCACGACUAAAUUGAACUUUUUGAGUAAUUCGUUCAUUUAUCUGGCCAUGAGUGAUAACAGUAUCCACUGCUUGCAAAGAGAGUCUUUCAAACGGUUAACUUGCACGAAUGUUGUGUCUAUUCGCGAUCCAAACGAUCACUCAAGCAAGCAGAUUCGUUUAGGUAUCAAAAUAGGUGCAAUCGAUGUCACCAAUUUGGGGCACCUGUUCGUAACAUUGGAUACCUUUGGCCAACUGUACGUCUAUCGGUGCAACUUCAUGUGUCAGGACCAACUCGGAACACCGGCCCUGAUCGUGCAAACCGUGAACCUGCUUGAAUAUUGCUUGGUCACCGGACUGGAUUCUCUGGACAUCCUGCUCACGCUUAAGACGCAAAUUCUGGAAAAUGUGCUCGAGCGACUUACGGAAAACUUCCACAAACAGCCACCCAGCGUUCAACAGUAUUAUUAUGUCAACUUUCUCACCAUGAAGAUUGCAUUGUAUCGAUUAUCGAUUUCCGGACAGCAGAAAGCGCAUGAUUUAUCCAAUUUGCUGAUUUUGCACUCGAUAUUGAUUGCCUUCAAGAGUCUUCUGCGGCCGUCGGACUUAACCUCCCACGAUAAGGGCCCGGCGGAGAAUUUAGCGAUGGUCCUAUCGGAGUCCGUUCCCGAUGUGGACAAAGUGUUGCUAAAUGUGGAAGCGAAGGAGUUCACCAUGGAGCGGCCGACAUUGCAAAGUUUGCAACAAUUGAUUCAAUGGGUUGCCGAUUUGGCACUGAACAUUCUGGCGAAGCUGCCUGAAAGUCGUUCUUUUAUGUCCAACAAGUCUCAAGGCUACGACAUCAGUAAGGACCUCAUCGCCCUCAACAGCAUCCGCGAGCUGCUCGUUAUGAUCCGUAUCUGGGGUUUGUUGAACCCGCAAUGUCUUCCCGUAUUCUCACGGUCGGCGGACAACUUGGACAUUCUGGGAACGCUUUUCCGUUUGCUUACAAAGCUUUCGCUAAAUCCCAACGAACCGGACGAUCUGUUGCUGGACGAAUGCUGUUUGCUGCCAAAUCAGGUGCUGAUCCCACAGCUGCAGUACGUUCCGUCGAGGACCAUGAUCGCAUCGCCGUUACUACCGCAUGUAACUCUUCCUGUUAUGUGCGACUACGGCAUAGAGAACGAAUCGCUCAAGUUCUGCCCGGAGGUGCCGAUCGUCGAGGGAGGCCUCUCCAAUGAUAACGUGAUCGAUUCGGUGAUGUAUUUGCAGUUGGGUCGUCGACCGCCCUCCCUACGGCGAUGCACGCGCUGCGGAUCGUGUAGCAGCGUGGUCAGCGUAGCUAAAACAGCCGCCAUGAAGGCCUGGGAGCAGCGGUGGUUCGACAAGUGUCGAUGCAACGGUUUCUGGCGACUCGAGAUUGCUUAGCUACCCAGCAUUAAGGACCAAAGUGAGAUUCCACUAUCGAGACUAACGAGACACCAUGCAAGCAGCACACGAAGCAGUGAUGUAAUGUGUUGCAGGUAACACUCUAUGACCUACACUGAAAUUUAUUACUUACUUUAAAUCAAGAAGAGACAGCACUCGACGACUUUCACAAUACAAUCGCGUAAGUAUUUUGUUUUUUAAUAUAUGGAAUACGUGUGUAGUUUCAUAGGAUAUAUGUAAAUAUUUAAUAAAACUGUAUUAUACUUGA